UUCUUAACUCAUUAUCACUUUAUUCAUGAACGGUCAAGGCAUGACGAUUUGUCAUCGUCAAAUUUGAACUCGUAAAAGUUUUAAUUAAUCAAAAUAAACAAUGUUUACCAAACGACCAACCGCUUGUGAAGAUGAAGAUGAUCUUCUUCGCCAGCAGAAUGAAUUCCUAGCUCAGAACCCGAAGAUCGAAACAAAAUCGGUCGGUCAUCAUGAAGAAGAGAUUAAAAACCAGAAAAAUAAUCAUGAUAUUGUUGAUCUAGAAUUUAAAAUUAUCGAAAGAAACUAUGAUUCAACUUUUGUUGAUAAAGAAGUUGAUGAUGAGACCAACACUAGCGGAUUUCCUGAGGCUCCUUGUUUGUUUUUUGGGAAUGAUUCAUUUGUUGAUUCAUCCACGAAAUCCCGUAGUUUGAGUUUAUAUGCUCAAAAAUGUUUGAAACGGAUAGAUAAUGUAAUCGAUGAGAAUAAAGAUGGGAAUUCGAUUGGUCAUAAUUCGAUAGUCACUGGGAUUGGUCUUGGUUCUAAAGAUUGGCGAAAAGAUAUUUCGGAAAUUAGACGAGAAAAUCAAAAAAUUUUGGAUAAUAUGAGUCCAGAUGAUAUUGAAAAACUUCGGGAUGAAAUAAUGAAAAAAUUGAGCCCGAAAACUGUAGAAUUCUUGAAAAGUAAAAAAUUUUCAUAUCGUUCAAGUUUACAAAAAACUAGGGAAUCGAUUGUCGAAACAAUAACAAACAAUCAAGAAAAAGUGAGCAAAAAUGUCAAAGACAUUUUGGAUAAAAUCCCUAUUAAAAAGGAUGAAAUUAAAGCUCGUAAAUAUAUACACAUGGAUGUAAUUGAAAAUGAUAAACUCGAAUGGAUUGGCGAUGUUAAUCCGGGUCAGAAUGUCCAAGAAAAUGAUCAAAAAUCGCAAAACUUUGAUUCCCUUGUUGCUCGAUUCAAUUUUGAAGGCGUUUUACUAACCGCUGAAUCUGAAAAAGAAAUUGAUACCAUUCAUCAAGGUCUUCAUCACCAUGGCGAUAAUCCCGAACGUCCGGGCUACACAAUCGACGAAUUGUUCAUCUACUUACAAAGUUCCUUUCCAUCACAAAAACAAAUCGGAUUGAAAGUAUUCGAAAAAAUUGUUACAAAAGCUUAUCAAGGUUUUUAUGAUUCUUGUUUCAACAUGAAUCUAGUCGAAUAUCUUUUGAAAGAAUCACCGCUCGUUUUAAUCGUCAGAAGCUGUUUAGAUGAAACGGCAGAUACCGUAUGGAAAUCCGCCAUUCAAACUCUUAAGGCAUUAAUAUGCAAUACCAUUUAUGACGAAAUAUUUCUUGAUCGUGGUUUUAUAAUUUUUGAAGAUUUUCUCAAUCAUGGACAUCAAAUCGAUUUGAAUCUUAGACCAACGAAUCUUGAGAUCAAUGAAGAUGAUAUUGAAUCGUUUUCCGAUCAACAAUAUCUAAUCUAUGAUAUUAUUGGUUGUCUAUUGAAUCGAACAUCUAUCUUAGAAAGGUUCGCCUAUUUGCUGAAUAAUCAUAUGACCAACGAAUCAAUGGAUGGACCAUUUCAAGAAGAUAUUUUCGACAUAUUGAUACGGUUUGCACGACACUCGCCUGAAUCUUCAGAUAAAAUUAUUAAUUGUUCUGAUUUAAUUAAUGCUAUCGGUACGAAUUUGACUCGUCUUCGACAAAGAUCUCUUUCUGAGAUUAGUGGAGCCACGGUAAAGAUUUUUAAAUUAUUUCGUUGUUGCAUUAACUCGGUCGAAAAUAAACUGUCCAGAACUUUACGGAAAUUGUUCGAUCUAAUGGAUAGAAUGGCCAUUAUCGAUUCAAUAAAUUUCUUUUUUCUCUUAGUUCCUGAAGAUUUUAUUGUCGAAGAUGUUAAUAAUGUCAAGAAAGUUAUACCAAUUGUUAGCAUUGAAGCUUUAAGGUUAUGGAUCAAGUUAUUAUCAUUUUGUGAACAGAAUCCAGAACAUGACCUAAUGAAAAUGAUAAAGCGAAAUUUUUUUGAAAUGUGUCCAUUUUUAUUGAAAACAAUGAGCUAUUGUCGACGAUUAACACCAUCGGAGCCAUCAUCAUUGGAUUCGGCUAUAAAAACAUUCGAUUUCAAAUUUGCUUCGUGUGUAAUGCUAUUGAUCAAAAUGUAUCAUGAAUUAUUGAAUUGUCCUGAUGAUUAUGCUAAUCAAUAUUGUUUCGACCUGUAUGAUAUCGCCAUGAAAUGGUUUAUUAUCAUUCAUAAUGAAUCUAUUGUUCCUGAUUUCGAUUGUAGUCUUUGCAUAUUGGUUCUGGUUGAAUUCAUCAUCAAACAUUUAAAACUUGAUAAUCAAUUUAUCAAAAUAACAUUAGAAAAAUUACUAGGCAAUAAUCAACGAUUUUUUAAAAAAUUAAUCGAUUCUUGUCGACGCAAUUCAAACACUGCAAAACGAGAAAUCUGUGGACGUGUUCGAGAUUCACCAAAUCUACCGUCAUAUGGUUCAAUUUAUCUGAAAGGAUUCGAUAGUGUUCCAUUGUUUCGCCAUGAUUCUGCUAUUUGUUUAUUGCAAAGUUUGAUUCGUAUCGCUUGCAUAGCCGAUGUUGAUAUCUUACGGAAAUUCUCGAAAGAAACAUUUGACCACCUGUUCGAUUACAUCAAUCUAGUUACGGCCAAUAUUAAUGGAACAUUCUCAUCUAAUAUUUUUGAUUUAAUUGAAAUCAAUAUCGUUGCACAAGCCUGUCUUAUUACAGGUGAAGCAAUUCGUUCCAUUGAUUGUGAUCUCAAUGAUAAUGAUCGAAAAUUCUCAAGAUUUAUAUUGAAUUUUGUUCUCAUGAUAAAUGUGAUGAAUAAUAAUCAUAUCAAGCAAGAAUUACUGCAGAAAUGUCUAUUUGAUCAAUCAUUUUAUUCAGAUGCUGAUAAUCUAGAUUUCAAAAUGAUAAGGAAAACCUAUGAAAAUUAUUCUCAAUUUGAUCAUCGUUAUUGGCUCUUCGAUCCAUUAUUAACACAAGUAAAAAGCAUUUUCAGCAAUCAAACCAAAAAUAAAGAAGAGCAAUCUGUAAUCAAAUUGGAAGAAUUAGCAUCCGUUCUAUUGUAUAUUGAACAUCUGGACAAGAAUUUUAGCGAACAUUUUCUUGAAAAAAUUAAUGUGAACCAAAUAUUAUUGUUUGAGAUUCUUUGCACAACAUUUCUGAUCAAUGAAGAUUAUUUUUUCGACAAUCAAAUUGAUCAAAUAUUACGACGAUUUUUGAUUCGAUUCGUUCAAACCGAUUCACCAAUUCAAUGUUCGAAUGAGGAUAAAUUACUGGAUGGAAUGGGUACCAUAAUCGAACUGUUUAAUAAAUUUUCCGAUCAAUUUGUCAAUUCAUCUUAUUAUAAUCCAAUAUUUUGUAAUUAUCUUUUUGUUUAUUUACAGCCAAAGUGCUCAAAUUAUUUCCGUUGUCAUUUUUUAUCCGAAUAUUCAUUUUCUGUUAAAAUGUCUUAUUUAAAAUUCGAUGAGAUGUUGUUGCCGAUUCGAUUAUUAUUGUAUCCAAUUGAAACUAAUCUUGAAACAUUGGAAGUUUAUCUGAAAACAUUACUAUCCGAACGAUUUCAAUCACCCGAACAAUCGGUUUUAUACUGCAUGCUUGUUCAUCAUUUGCAUCGAGCUUUAUUUGCGGAUGAUUCUCCUCUCAAACUUAAAUUUACUAAAAAUGAUGCCGAUGAUGAAAAUUAUGAAUUGCAAAAGCAAAAAUAUCAUAAACUAUUAAGAUCAAUUGAUAUGUCAACGAAUAUUCAAUUGAAAACACAUUUGUAUGAAUGUUCGAAUCAAACAUUCUCCGAGCUGUAAAAUUUUGUAAAAUGAAUUUUUUAAACAUCAUAACAGCAUGUGUGUAAGACUCUGGGCGCUUUAAAGCAAGAAUUGAGCAUGUGACUUUUUGGAU